AUGUCUGCCGAGGGUAUUACUGAAAUUGAAGAAAACCAAAUUGACACCAACUACGAUAAGGUUGUCUAUGAUUUCGAUCAUAUGAACCUAGAUCCAGCCUUAUUGAGAGGUAUCUACGGUUACGGUUUUGAAGAACCAUCUGCCAUUCAACAACGUGCCAUCAUGCCAAUUAUUGAAGGUCACGAUGUCUUAGCUCAAGCUCAAUCUGGUACUGGUAAGACUGGUACUUUCUCCAUCGCUGCCUUACAAAGAAUUGAUGCUUCUGUCAAGUCUCCACAAGCUUUGAUGUUGGCUCCAACCAGAGAAUUAGCUUUACAAAUUCAAAAGGUUGUUAUGGCUUUAUCAUUCCAUAUGAACAUCAAAGUUCACGCUUGUAUUGGUGGUACUUCUUUUGCUGAAGAUGCUGAAGGUUUAAAGGAUGCUCAAAUUGUUGUUGGUACCCCAGGUAGAGUUUUUGACAAUAUUCAAAGACGUAAAUUCAGAACUGACAAGAUUAAGAUGUUCAUCUUAGAUGAAGCUGAUGAAAUGUUGUCUUCCGGUUUCAAGGAACAAAUUUACCAAAUUUUCACUUUAUUACCACCAACUACUCAAGUUGUCUUAUUAUCUGCUACUAUGCCAAGAGAUGUCUUAGAAGUUACUACUAAAUUCAUGAGAGACCCAGUUAGAAUCUUGGUUAAGAAAGAUGAAUUAACCUUGGAAGGUAUUAAGCAAUUCUACGUUAACGUUGAAGAAGAACAAUAUAAAUACGAAUGUUUGACUGACUUAUACGAAUCUAUUGCUGUCACCCAAGCUGUUAUCUUCUGUAACACCAGAAGAAAGGUCGAAGAAUUAAGUGCUAGAUUAACUGCUGACAACUUUACCGUUUCUGCUAUCUACUCUGACUUACCACAACAAGAAAGAGACACCAUUAUGAAGGAAUUCAGAAGUGGUUCUUCUAGAAUCUUAAUCUCUACUGAUUUAUUAGCUAGAGGUAUCGAUGUCCAACAAGUUUCCUUAGUUAUCAACUACGAUUUACCAACUAACAAAGAAAACUACAUUCACAGAAUUGGUAGAGGUGGUCGUUUCGGUAGAAAGGGUGUUGCUAUCAACUUCGUUGUUAAUGAAGAUGUUGGUGUUAUGAGGGAAUUAGAAAGAUUCUACUCUACUCAAAUUGAAGAAUUACCAUCUGACAUUGGUACUUUAUUCGAAUAA